AUGGGUGUUGCGUCAGACAUCGGCGCGAUGCGGGUGGUGCGACCGAUGUCGAAGCGCGAUCGAACGUCGUGGAUGACGGUGGUGGUGUCGUUCGUGAACUUUACCUCGUUCCACGCCGUGCGCGAGGGGUACAUGGCGUGUAAAUCGACGCUGCACGACCGCGCCAAGUACCCGACGGUGCUGCUGGGGGAGAUUGACUUCGGGUUUUGCGCGAGCUACGCGUGCGGAUUGUUCACGGCGGGGUACCUCGGACGUAAAUACGGGGUACGAAAAACGAUCGCGAUCAGUUUCUUGCUCACGGGAUUGCUGUCGAUCGCGUUCGGGGCGGUGAUUGGGUACGCGCUCGCGCCGAAGAGCGAGGACGAGGCGUGGACGGUGGCGUGGACGGCGCACGUGCCGCUGUGGAUGGCUUCGGCGUUCGUCCAGGGGUGGACGUAUCCAAAUUUUAUCGCGCUUUUGAGCGAUAGUAUCGAACCGUACUUUAGAGCGACUGUGUUGACGGUGUGGGCGACGGCGUCGCCCGUGGGCGACAUCGUCGGUUUGCAAAUCGCGCAGGCGGUGUUGCGCGAGGGAGAAGAGCACUGGCCGUACGUCAUGUUCGUCGCGGGCGUGUUCGUGCUAUUGAAUCUCGUGCUAUUCUUGGUGUGCAUCGGAGCGAACAAAGCGCGCAUCGUGAGAGAUGAGGAGGACGAGGACGAGGAGGAAGCCUCCUUGUUGGACGCGCCGCCGGUAUCGGAGACGGUUGAAGAUGAGUCCCCGCAGGCAGGCUUUUGGCGAGUCAUGAGUGACGUUUCGAAAAUUCCUGGCGUACUUGAUUACGCUUUUUCCGUCAUGGCGCUGAAGGUCGUGGUCACGUCCUUGCUAUUUUGGAUUCCGUAUUACGUCGAGGAGCGUUUUGAUUCGCAUAGUUCGUCCAUAGUUUCGACGCAAUUCUUUGAUUUAUCGUUGAUUCUUGGAAUGGGCUUCGCGGCAUUAUUGAAUAGAUUGAUCGGAAGAUGGGUCUUGUUGUUCCUAGUUAGUUUAGUUUUAGGACUUGUGCCGCUGUUGGCGAUCCCGUACUCAAAGACGUUGGGCGGGACAGUGUCUUGCAUCUUCUUGGCUGGAUUCCUCAUCGGACCAGCCGCGGCGUUGUUCGCGGGUGUCAUGAGCGCGGAAGUGGGAAAGAAAGCAAAGAUACAUAGUGAUCGCGGCGGUAUCAUCGGUAUCAUCUCUGGAUUGAUCGACUCUGCAGGUGCUAUUGGAAGUGGUACCGGUCAAAUUUUGGUCGGCGCAUUGGCUUCGACGUACGGCUGGCACACGGUGUUCAAGGUACUCGCUGGUUUUGUAGGCAUAGGUGCCAUUAGCCUGGUGCGAGUGCGGCGCAUGGAAAAUGAGGAAGCAUCUACUAGGAAGUAA